AUGAGCUGUGUCUUCUGCCGUGACAUCCCCCAGUGUGAGUUUUAUCGACCCGCUGCCAUCAUCUGCUUUGUGAUCGAUAGGCCGCUCUCGUGUAUGAAACAGGCCACAGACCCAGGCCCUGACCCUCACAGCGCACGCCAAUACCUCCCCGAGCCAGUCCUGCACCGUGCCCCGCAGACCGACUUUAAUCACUCUGUUGUUACCGGACCCCGCCCCCUGCUGACGCUGACCCCACCCCCUGCAGACCCCGCCCCCUGCUGCCCCCAGCCCCUGCAGACCCCGCCCCCUGCUGACCCCAGCCCCCGCUGA